GGAUUCUGUUUACUCUGGGCUCCAAUAAUCUUUCUCUGUCGUUGCAAUCCCUCACCUAUCUCAUCACCACAAGGAUCUGCUGACACUAAUGUCUGCGCUUCUUUGGAUGAACUACGAUGAUAGCAUGCGAAUUCUUACCCCGGCUGCAAGUUGCCCGAGGUAGUCGGCUUUUAGUUUCAGGCCCAUCAUAUAGACCUACGCAACCCCCGGGACGAUUCAAACCCUUCAAUCAUCCUCUACAGCGAUGUAGCUCUUCGGCUUCCAAGCCCCAGCAGACAUCUACAGACCUGAACAUGGCGUCUCGAAAGACUUCUAAGGCCAAGUCUACGCCUGCCGAGCCUCGGCCCAGUUCCAGCGUAAUCAUCAUCUCUCCGCGGAACGAGGUCCUUCUCCUUCACCGGGUCAAGACAUCAACGUCUUACCCAUCGGCACAUGUCUUCCCAGGAGGAAACCUCUCCAGCCAGGACGGGCCAUGUCCAGCAGUAGAUGACAUCUCCCGCCACGAUGACGGACCCUGGUAUCGAAACGCCGCUAUUCGCGAAUUGUUCGAAGAAAGUGGCAUUCUCCUGGCCAAGGACGCUGACUCGGGCAAGAUGCUCGCUGUACCACAGGAGCAGCGUGAAGCUGGUCGACGCGCGAUCCACCAACAUAAGAUGACAUUCGCAGAAUGGUUAAAGGAACAGCAUCCCGCCGCAGUACCAGAUACGGAAGGACUGAUAGCAUUCACACGCUGGCUCACGCCCAUCAGAUAUCCGAGACGGUAUACGACCCAGAUGUACCUGUACUUCUUACCCUUGCCGAUGGAGAUUGAGAAGCCCAUUCUGGAUGAGAUCCCACAUGAGGGUGAGAAAGAGGAGAUUCAGAUUCCGACGAGUGAUGGCGGAGUGGAGAUCUCUGAGGCCAGGUUCUUGCCUGCCUCGGAAUGGAUUCGCAUGGCGCAGAAGGGUGAGGCCAUUUUGUUUCCGCCUCAGUUCUUGCUGCUUCAUUUGAUGGCGGAUUUCCUGGGACAGGGAUCAUCGGGGAUGGAGUCUGUUGAGGAGUUGAAGAGGCAGCGAGAGGAAUUGUUGCAGUUCAUUCAUUCGGGCCAGCCGCCGUGGACGAACAAGUGUAUCUGUCCGAAGGCGCUGCAGAUUGCGUCUGACGGCCAGACGGUGAUGAAGUUGGAUCAUCCUGGUCCGGAAUUGGAGGGUACUGACCGGAAGGGAGAUACGGAGCGGGUUGUACAGCUAAAGUUCAUCAAGGGUGUUCCUCGGGAGCUUGUGGUGCGGUGGAAGAAGGAUGUGUUUAAGGAGAGCCGCCUAUAGCAGUAUAUGGGUGUAUUUGUCAGUAGUUGGCUUACAGAAUAGUGAAUAUACAGCAUCUAGAUGCC